CUAAUAUUGGAAAUGCACGACUGUUUAUAUGCUCCCGACGCACCAGUGAAUCUUCUUUCUGUGGGUGCAAUGCUUGAACACGGAUUUACAUUCACAAUAUCCCCACAAACGGUUCAAAUACAUCCGGAUCCUGACCAUUUUGCAAUCGCAGAUGUCGUUCGACCAUUGUGCGUUUUACGAGGCAAAUUCUUACUACCCAAAGAAGAAAUCCCCGACUUCAUACAUAUUGCAAUGCCUGUUUUCCUCCCACGUAUUCCAAAUGGCGCUCUAUUUCAUGAGUGCUUCGGACAUCCUGGUAUUGACCUCACUAAUGAACUUCUAACGGGAACUUCUGCUGAGGGACUAGAAGAAUGGAACGGUACAAAAAUGCGGGGAAUUUGUGACUCUUGUCUCAAGGGUAAACACCCUCAUUUCCCAUAU